CUUAAUUACCAAAGUCUCUUAUUCUUUACACUGAAGAAAUUUAUUUAACAGUGGGAACUGUUAAAUAUUUAUAGCUAAAAAGAACAUCUGCAUUCUGAAAAUCCCAUCUUCCGUACACUUUUAGGGUAAUGGUUCAGCUUAGGCAGGAAAUGGCAAGAGAACUAGGAAGCUGAGGAGUUGCUUUUGGGAGACUUGCUUAUAGUAUAUACAUUGCAAGGGGGGCAAGCCUGGGUGGUGUAUGGAGUUUAUGGGCUGUCCCCCUCAAAGCAAAGCAGAGCAAUACGUUUGGCACCAGCUUGGCUGCAGGAGUCGCGGGAAGGAGGCAUACAAGGCAGCAUCCAACCGCCUUAGGGACUCCACUCUGAAUUUGUGUAGCACGGGCGUAGCCAAGCCCCCCCCCCAUCAAUACAAAUACUUGAGUUUCUCUUCCCCCUAACAUGAAGCCUUCCCCCUCCAAAAUAAAUCCUGGCUACGUCCAUGUUGUGCAGGGUUCACUCCUGAGACUUUUCUUCUCCCAAAGAUAUUCCCACAAGGCAUGCAAGCAUUUUUGUGUGCUUUUUAUUGUACAGUAAAUUGUUCUGUUCUCUUCAGACGACGGAUGGUAGAGAAAUUAAUAAUUAUUUCUUAAUAAUUGAUUAAGGAGAGGCAGCUGUCCCCCCCACCUUGGCUACGCCCAUGGCUGGCUAGAAAAGUUUGGUGGAGAGUGAGCUAGCCAGCAGGCGAGCACAUCUUUCCAUGGUGGAGAAAGGCUUGACAGAGGAACUUCCUGCCUCUCCACCUUCCUAAGGAAACACCAACGGGCGCAAGGAACAGGCGCAAGAGUCACCGCUUCCGCGUUUUCCCGCCUUUCUCCCUGCGUCUCCCAUAGCAACGCCUCGGCGCGCGAGGCCGGCUUUCCCCGUCUCCCGCUAUCUGGAGGCCGCGGCGGAGGGGUAUCUCCGCUUGUGCUUCGGCUCUCGCUGAGACAAGGUUUCUCCGUCCGCGUCUCCUUCCCUCGCUCGGAAGCUUCGACCUCGGCUUCUCGGUUGGCUUCUCUCCCUCGUGUGAGGGGCUGCUCUUCCUCAGCCUCGCGAAUAAAGGCUGCUUGAGAGAGCUGCGCGGUGCGAAAACAAAGAGUCCCCGCUAAACGGCCUUCCUGCACGCCCCCCCCCCCCCGACGGUAGAUUCCUUUCUGGACAGAUCUGCCCCGUUUCAGUUGGUAUAACGCCUCUUUCUCUUUUCGCAGGCGAACCUUUAGACCUAACCCGUGUCGUGGCUGAGGGUCUCCAAAAAUCUCGCUUAAUGGCUAAGCUGCUACGCAGCAAGCUACAAAGCAUGCUCGAGCUAUUUAUUUAUUGACAUUUUAAUUAUUGAUUGAAUUGAAUUUAUUUUCCUCCCUGAGGAGACCAGAUACGGCAGGCACAAGUUCGAAAACAAAUUUAAAGACACUUAAAAUAUCCAUUGCCAUUGAAAAUGUAUUUAAAAAAGCAGUCACGGUUAAAAAGAUUCUUCCGUCCAAGGACCUUGGGGUUUGUACCGACCUGCGGAGAAAUAUUAAUAUGGCUACCAGCCCUUUAUCCCUAUAUCUUGUUAAUUGAGCUGCCUUCAUAGGCGGAACAGCCAAAGCCAAACUUUCGGCUCGGGAUUGCGGUUCAAAAACAGCUUUCCUCACCUGCCUCAGACCGCUACCGCCAUCCACAAUAAAUCAAUAAAAACACUAAUUACCCCCCUUUCAAAUGCAACGUGGCCUUCCACAGCUAUUAAUACAUACUCUUUUACCAAAUAAACUGUUACUUUGGAUUAAAUACUGUGGCUGCGUACACUUGUUAAUUCUGCAUCAAAUGCCCUCCCGCCGAGGGUUUGUGAAGCAGUGAAUACGCAAUCCAUAUCUAUCCUGUCUUGUUUCUCAUGCAAUAAUGCAUCCCUUCACCCCCAAAAACAGCUUUUUUCUGAAUUGAGAAAAAGAAAGAUGUGCCAACCCCAUGCAUCACCUCCAUAGAAUACGCCAUUCACAGUAGGUUGGACUCCCCAAUUAAUUUGUUCGAAUUAAAACCACACCAUUAUAGGGAGGGAUCUCAACCUAAUUAUACAUUAUUUUGAUUUAAAUAAACCUAAAUUUGGGGGUCACUCCACAUAUGUGAAAUGGCAAAUCAUAAAGUCAAUCCAAGGUCCACGACACUAUGAUACAACUGAAAUCCUGUGCCUGUUGUGCACACACAGCACAGGGUGCCCUUUAGGAGAGAAAAUACUGUUUUCUAAUAUAAUUCUGAUGUUAGCAAAGAAAACCUUCCAAAUUAGUCAACUACAUCCAUGCUACUGCCGCACAAAGAGAUAUGAAAGUAACUCCCUAUUUUAUCAUUGUAUUUCUUAAUGCAAUGUUUAAGCCAGGUUUAACUUUCACACAGCAGUCCUAUAUAUGUCUACUCAGAGGUAAGUACUACUGAGUUUGAGGAAGCUUACUCCCAGAUAAGUGGGUAUAGUGUUACAUAGCCUUAAAGUCUUAUGAAACUUGUGCUUCGAACAGAUGAAGUUGUUGGGGCAGUCCAAAUGAGUUUAAUUUUGCUACUUUCACAAAGCCUGGCAAAUUACCAAAGUAGCUUUUUUGCUUCACAGAUACUGGAAUUAUGUUCUUGUUUUGCUUGUUGCAGGUACACACAGAAGUGACCUUAUAAUCUAUUUUUCCUGGCUAAGAACGCAUCUGUGGAACCAAGUUCUGAUUGUCGACGAACUUACCUGUGUGUGAUGAUGGAGGAUAUUUAUUACAAGUCACUUGAAAAUGAAGCAGUUGGACAGUUAACUGCAUUCUUGUCGAGAGAAAGUAAGCAUUGGUCAUUCUAAGCUGCCAAUCAUGUAACAGUAUUGUAACUGCGUCAGAAACAUCUGCUCCUAGAACAAUUUCCCCUUCCUCAGGGCACUUCCAGACUGUUGCCAUUUUUGGUUGGGAUUCAGUCACAUAUCAGCAAAUCCAGGUCACGCAGUUAUAAUUAAUAAGGAGGAGCAAACCUGCUUCCCCAAAAGAUCAGACUUUUAAUGAAAAGGAAAGUGAUGGGGAAAUGCACUGGAAAGUUUGAAUUAACACUUGCUUUGAGGUAACAUAAUAAAUCUCCCUGCAGACAAAUCAAGAUGCAUGCUCAGUAAAAAGGUCAUCUGGAAGCGCCCCAGUUCAUAUGAUUUCCACCAUAGUUUCCCCCCCAGCUGAUUUACCAAGGUUUUAUCAAGCAGAUUGAGAUGCCCUCACCUCAGUAUUGGGAUUGUAAAUACAUUUCAUAACAGCCCCAGAAGGAUGACUUGGUCUGCAGAUAAUCUAGGCUUAGAAAAAAAAUCAUUUAUAUAAAUAUUACUUCCUCAUGUUCCUUAGCAAUGCCACAGGACAGCAUUGGCGUCAGCAGCAAGAAUCUCACCCUGAAUGCAGGCCAGUGCUCUGAAGAACAUGUUCUGAAAUGCACAUUCAAGGCCUGUGAUCCAGAACAAACAGGUAGAAAGUUUUUUAAUAUCAGUUGAAAACUAUCAGUCUUCAAAACUGCUGGGAGAUCAGUUUUUUGUUAAGAUGUGCAAAUACCUUUCAGAAUAGUUUAGCAUCAGGUUAUAUAUUAUAGACUCUUGGCUAUAUGUCAUUUUGUCAGUGAACCUAACAUCACUGUAUUGAAGAAGCAUACAAUUCCAGGUCAACUUUAAUGACAAUAAGUCCUAGCAGAAUACUAUAUGGUACUAUAUGGAAUACUUUCUUCUUCUUAGACGAAGUUUUAUUGACUGGGUUGUGCAAAAAAGAUUUUUUUUUUAAUCAUUCAUUGAUAGACAUUAUCCAGGACUCCUCCCAGUACUUCAAAGUUACAUAAAUUUAUUUUAAGGUAUAAUAGAAAGAGAAGAAAAGACAAGAAAAUAAGUGAUAAUAAGAAGGAAGUGGGUGGGAAAGGGAAGCAGUGGUACAAAGCUACUAUUCCUUUAAAAAUCCUAUUUUUCUUGAAAGUUGGUUCCUGAUACAUCACUCAUUUUCUUUAAUCAUGGAGACCAGAAGUUAAUGUAUUAAAAAUUAAAUAUAAAUUCACAUUACUUUGCAGACCAAGCAAAAUUGCUUUGUGAGGUACUGCUAUGGGGUAUUUUAAAACAAUACAGAUAUGUAGACUAGUUUAUAUAUACAGUUCAUAUAUUUAUGACUGACGAUUUUAUCAGUUACAAAUGCCUCAUUUUUUCUAAACUGGAGAAACAAAGAUGUAUAAAACAUAUCAUAAUAGCUUGCAUUGGUAGAUAGCAGAGACAACUAAAUCCAGAUUUAUUGUUCUAUGCAAUUUUUAUACUUGAGUUUUCUACCUACCUGUGUAAUUCUGUCUACCUGUAUUCUGGUUAUAGGAGAGGUGUCUGUCUUCCGAAUCAUUGAAUAUUUGCAGGAGAUGACAGGGCAGAACUGUGAAGACUGGAGGUUUCGGUCUCUAUAUAAGAGGUUGGACCCUCAAGAGAGAGGGAUUGCUGUUGAUUUUUCUACCUUCUGUGCAGUUAUGAAAGAUUGGAUCUCAGACUGUCGACAAGAGGGGUUAGUAAUUGUAGUAGUCAGAUAUUGCCUUACACAUGGCCUUGGUUUCAAUAUUAAAUUCCCUGAGAGAUGUCUGUAUUGUUAGUAUUCUAAGGGAACCUGAGGCAUGGUGAAUUUUCUUUUAAGAUGAUGAGUAGUUAGAGUAGGGAUGGUAAACCUCAGGCCUGGGUGCCAAAUGCAGGCCUCCUUAUCUGGCCCUCAGAAUUCUCCCCAGGCCAUACACCUUCUGGAGCCAUGCUCCUCUCCUGCCCAAUGUAUUUUUCCUGGCCAGAAUUUGUGCUUGAACUCUAAUGCUGCUUGCUUGCAUGCAUGCAUGCAUGGAGGAUGGAGAAGAUACAUGAAUAUGUGACUUUCUCAACUUUUAAGAAAGCAUAAUAGUAACAUUUUAAAAAAUUGAGACUCUACAUCAGUCUUGCCCUGGUGGUGACUUUCCAAAGAUUUUUGUCUACAAUUCCCAUCAUCCCUGACCACUAGCAAUGCUGGUUGAGGCUGAUUGGAGUUGUAUUUUUGGGGGACACAGGUUUAGGGAAUGUUGCUGUACAUGUUGUGCUUUUCAGAUUAAUCUCCAGCUUCACUAAUACAGUGGUAACUCGGGUUACAUACGCUUCUGGUUACAUACGCUUCAGGUUACAAACUCCGCUAACCCAGAAAUAUUACCUCGGGUUAAGAACUCUGCCUCAGGAUGAGAACAGAAAUCGUGCUCCGGUGGUGCGGCGGCAGCGGGAGGACCCAUUAGCUAAAGUGGUGCUUAAGGUUAAGAACAGUUUCAGGUUAAGAACAGACCCCCGGAAUGAAUUAAGUACUUAACCUGAGGUACCACUGUAUAAUAAUUUUGUCUUUCCUGCCUUCCAAGAGUUCUGUGAGGCCUAAUAUAAAUAGAUAUGCAAAACGUUUUAUAUUUUGGAUUAUUUUCUCUCUUCCUCUAGAAAGAACAGUCUUGGUGAAGGCUAUCCACCUUCUUCUGAUCACCUGCAGAGGAAGGAAAAACAGAAUUUGAUGUAAAUUUAUUCAUGAUUUAAACAAAGGGAAAAUAUAAUUCUGGCUUAUUUUCCCACCUGCUUUUUUCCUAACAAAAGGGAAGAUGCUGUAGACCUAACAAACAGCAUCCAAGAUCUGCAGCAUGGCAACAAGCAGCUAGCAGUGCAGAACACCAAGCUGCAAAAGACUAUUGAGGCUGCAGAAGAGCUCAACUCAAGACUCUCUGAGGAGAUCUGUGACUUGAAGGGGAAGCUGAAAGGGUAAAUGUUGGAAGUGCUUGACCUGGUAUCAUUAAUUAUGACUAAUACAAGAAGGCAAAUAGACAGGGCUGUAGGAAGUGGGGCAAGAGCUUUGUUGAAUCUAUGGAACAUUGAGGGGCCAUUGGUUGUGCUGAAAAGAGUUAUUGUAAUCUUACACUGUACCCUCUGAUGUGCAUGUAUUUCCUUACCUUCAAUACCAUUCCCUAUUUCCUUCCCUUCUGAAUACAGUCCUACCUACUCAACAUAUGUUUGGGUUUGGAUUAAGCUUUUUUUUCACUUUUCAACCCCCUGUUUCGUCUCCAGUUCUUGGGUCUUUCUCACAUACGGUAGCUUGAUGAUAGUGAAGUUUGGAGGUAGAAUUCAGAUCAUUAUAACUAAACAACCACCAUUCUUUAUUACAGCACCCAGCCAGCCUUGGAACAAGCUAGGGUCUUGGCAAAUGAAUUAGAGGAUCUGAAGGUUUUCUCAAAAAGUCUGGAAGAAGAAAAUAGUAAACUGCACACACAAGCCCGACAGCUGGUAGGUGCUUCAGUUUAGUUUCUGGUAAACCUUCCUGUUUUGUAAAGCUUAUACACCGUUGUCUCAAUUUGUUUGAGUUAUUCAAAUUACAUUUUGGAUUUUGGGUUGGAGAGUUUGGGUUUUUAUCUCAGUCAGUUCUUCUGAAACAGAGAAGAAAGGAGUUCAUGUAGUUGAAUACACAUGCAAAUGUGUUGUGCAUGUGGAUAAUUCUAUAAAGCUUGUUAGAUGAACUUGUGACAGCUGGCUUUUUAGAAACUGCUACUGUUUAUGCCUGUUUGGAUAAUAUAUCUGCACAAGAAGCUUUCACAAACCACUUCAAGUUAUCCUUUUGCUGAAAAAUGUUAUAUUGGAAUUCUGGAUCCUCAUACAGGCUAAUCAAACUGUAACGUUCUCUUCCAAACUUUAGGUAAAAGAGCAGCAGUUCCUUUCUGUUCAAUUGGAUAAAGUGCAGGAGAUGGUGAGCAGGGGCAAUGGGGACUUUAAAAAAGUAAAACCAGCCAUGUCAGCUGUAGGAUAACACAAAUGUAAGAAAAUGAGACAUGUGGUUCAGUGCAGGUUGCUGCUGUUUGCACUUGUGGCAUUACAGUACAGGUGAAAUCUCAGCUGUCAACUGCACAAUGGAGAAUAAGCAUCCAUUACAUACAAGUCACUGCAUGUGUAAUGAAAUUCCAUACAAGAAGUGACAUGUCCUCCUCCAGGAUAUCAUCACACAUAUGCACACACCAUGAUAUCCCUUCAGAAUGGGUAUCUUCCUUAUUAAUCUAAAAAAACCCCCCAGAGGCUGUGUAAUAGCAAACUGAUGCAGCACAUGGGAGAUAGAAAUGUAGAAAUGUUAAAAGUCUGUUGCAUUUGUCUUCUAGAACAAGAAACUGCUUCUGGAGAAAGAAAGCUCAAAGUGUAAAAUCAAAGACCUGUUUACAAAGAAGGCUAAAAUGAAGGUACUUAAAAAUACCCAUGUUCAACUAGUUUGUCAGAUGACUGCUGUUUUUGUAGUAUGGAUUUGAGGGCAUCUAUUUGUAUUCUGCUUUCUUCUUGCAGUCCCAGAUCUCUGAAUAUGAAAACCUUAUCUCCUGCAAAGAUGCUGCCCUAAAUGAGGUGAGGUAUAUAUAGGAAAAAUGACAAAUUGGAAGUCUGAAAUUAAGGUGCUAUGAUGGAGGUGAGCGUCUGGGAGUAUCUGUUUUCCUGGGUUCAGUGACACUGUGGGUGAUAGUAGCACCACAUAUUGUUUGUAAUGUGGAGAAUUUUCAAGUUGCACACCUCUUUGCAUGGAAUAAGAGAGUUCUUGCUAUCCUGUCAACACACUGGGUUUAAUUACAGGUUACCCAUUGAACAAUUUUGUACAUUGGUGAGUCCAUGGACUGAGUGGUAGUUUCCAGUGGUAUGAACAGGGAGUCAUUUGCAGCAUCCACCUGUGUCAUGAAGACAAUUUCCCUGUAUUUCCAUUGGGAAAGAAGCUAUCUGAAUGAGUACAUGACAUCAUGAUAAGUUGCUAGUUUGUACGUUAUAUUGCCACCUAAUUAAACAAAUCUUAGUUGAUUAAUUGUGAUUAGUUGCACAACUUUUAUUUGAUUGAUUAUAGUUCCACACGGGUAAAAACAAUAGUUUUAAAGUUAGAAUUGAUUAAACAUUAUGGUCCUAUUUGUAUGACUUGAUAAUCUUUGAAGUAUUAUAUAUAUCCUUCCUCUGACAUUUUUUACAGCUUUGGCUUGUCUCUGUGUUCAGGGAUCACUAGGUGUCACUGCAACCUCAUCUCUAGACAUAACUUGGUUCUGAAAAGAAACCAUACAUAUUUUGAAAAAUUAGUUUGGUGACAGAGGUUCUAUAAGAUUAUGGUUUGCUUUGAGAUAAGGUUGAGUUACUUUCUUGUUUGUUUGGUUUUUAUUAUGUUUGAUUAUGUUUUGUGUUCACAGAAAACAAAACACGCUGAAGAACUAACAGUCACCUUGGAUGAAUACAGAAUGGUAGUACAGGUAAUGUGGGACUAGGAGGAAUCUAGAGUGAUAUAUAUAUAUUACAGUCCAGGGUGAACAAUUAUUUAUAAAAAUAUUUAUAUACUGCUAUUUAUUUUUUAAAAUAUGUAAAACCGUACAAUAAAAAACAUGUAAAAAUGUUAAAAUCAGAAAAUAGUCAACUACUAUGGAAAGAUGUAUUCUUAAUUGCCUGCAUAAGCCUUAUGGACUAGAAAAGUUUUCAGCAGGAGCUUAAAAGUUGAAACAGAAGCCACCUGCUAAAUCUCUAUUGUCAGAGUACUCCAUGAUACUGGGCUGAUGACACUAAAGUCUUGGGUUUCUUGUUGUCAAAUGAUCCUCACCAACUUGGGAAACAACCAGCAAUGUUCCAACAAUGCUCCUGAAGAUCAUCUCAGUCACCAAGCAGGGAUAUAAGGGUUCAGGUGGUCCCCAAGGUACUCUGGACCUAAGUUUUUCAGGGCUUCAUAAGACAAUAUGAGGAUCUUUAUCCCAGCUUGGCAGUAGAUGGACAGCUAGUGCAGAUAUUACAACAGUGGUAUCACAUGUUCUCAUCCAGAUGCCCCCAUCAGCAGACUGGCAGCUGUAUUUGGAGUUAGUUAGUUGUGUAUUAACCAGAAGUAUCCCCCAUCAAUUUCUGUGACCACAGAAAAACCAAGUCAGAAUUGGUAAUAAUUAUAAGGAAUGGGAAAUGAUGAAUAACAGGCUCACAAUUGUAGAUCCCAAAGGCUCAUCUUCAGUCUAUGACAGAUAGCAGAGGCUACCCUAGGAAAAGGAACACAUAGACUACUGGAUGGGGAGCAGUAUGCAUACAGUGCAAAAACUGCUAACAUAACUCUUUGAUAUUUAAACAAAUGAAACUGAAAAAUUUCAGAUGAUGUGGAGUUAACAUUGGAACAAUAUAACAUAAGUGUUCCCAAGGCAUUAGAGCAAAUUAAAUGUUUUGGAGAAGUGGUGUGUUUUAAAAUAGACACAGAAAAGACCAAGAUGUUAGUCAAAAGCAUGGAUGAGCAGUCGAGAAAUUUGGGGAUUUGACUGACCUUGAGAAAUCUCAACUUAUUUCAAGAUAAUUAUAUUAAACCGUGGAAAGAGAUUUAAAAAGAGUUGGCAAUAAGGUAAAGGAUGAAGCUUUCCCUACUAGGUUAAAUUUCAGCCAUCAAAAUUAAUAUACAGUAGUACCUUGUUUCUUGAACUUAAUCCGUUCCCGGAGUCUGUUCGACUCCCAAAACCGUUUGAAAACCAAGGUGCAGCUUCCAAUUGGCUGCAAGAGCUUUCUGCACUCAAGUGGAAGCCGCGUCGGAUGUUCGGCUUCCGCAAAACAUUCACAAACCAGAACACUUCCGGGUUUGUGGUGUUUGGGAGCCGAUUUGUUCAGCAACUAAUCCGUUCGGGAACCAAGGUAUCACUGUACUUCCUAAAAUUAUUCCAAAUGAUCCUGAUUGUUCAUAAUUUAAGCUGCCUCAAAGACUGGAAAAAAGAUAUGAUUUGAAAUUUACUGCAUGCUAUACACUGAAAGAGAAUCACAUGAAAAUGAUCCAUAGAUGGUAUCUAACUCUGAGUAGGUUGGCUAAGAUGUAUAAAGUAGAAUCAGAUUUGUGUUGGAAAUGUAAAGAAAUGGAGGGAACCUUUUUUCAUGUGUGGUGGGCAUGUAAAAAGGUUAAAGAGUAUUGGGAAAUGAUUUACAAUGAGAUGAAAAAAAUGUUUAAAACAACUUUCCCCAAAAGAUCAAAGGCAUUCUUGUUAGGAAUGGUUCAAGCAGAAGUUCCCAGGUGUCAGAAAAAAUUAUGUAUGCUGCAAUAUCAGCUCAUGUAUUAUUAGCCCAAAAAUGGAAAGUGAGGGAGGUCCCUUGUAAGGAAGACUGGCAAUUUAAGAUGAUAGAAUUUGUGGAACUAGCAGGUCUAACAUAUAGAAGAGAGCAAGAAGAGGAGUGGAAACCUUUUGCUGAGUAUAUGGAAAAUAAUUGCACACAGCUGAAAAUGCUGGCAGAAUUAAGAUAAAUUCGACAGGUUAACUAAUAUUCGAGUAUUGUACAAUGACUAAAAUGGUUAUAGUAAAGAGAACUGACUAAAACGGUUAUAGUAAAAUAUGCAGGUAUAAUAGGCAAACAAAAUGAACCAUGGAAGGGGAAGGAGGGAAGCCACUGACUAAAUGGUAUUAUGUAAAUUGUUUAUUUUGAAAUGUUAAACUGAAAGUUCAAUAAACAUUUUAAAAAAUAAACAUUGAAAAGUUUAUAGAAUUGAAAACAGAACCUUGCAAGGUAGACCCAUACAGACUUCCCCACUUUACUUUGUGCUAGUAUAGUAGCUACCAUACUUGUGCAUCAGGUUCUCUCUGUAUUGUUCCAAUUUUAGUAUAUGUGCUGCCGAAGCGAGCACGUGCAUCAGGUUCUCUUUGUGAUCUCCAUUAGGAACUGAAACUGGAGGUUAGCAGACUUCAAGAACACCUGUCCCAAUCCUAUCAGGACCAAUACGUGUAAGUGUUGCCAGAAUAAGCUAGGUGUUUUGGGGGGUGGUUAGGAUACAGCAAGCCCAGAUGUAUCUAGUUUGAAAGAAGGUGUGGUGUCCAGCCAGGGAUAGCUCUAUGAUUUUUGUUACAGUUUCCUAUAAAAUCUUUAUUGUGUUAAACUAAGAAUUAUCCUUUCGGGACAGUGAAAUGCUUUUGAAUUUUCCAAAAAAUAAAAAAAUUAAAAAAUCCCAAAAGCAAUUUCAAAAUGAUUUAAUUAUUUUAACUGGCAAUUGUCAAAAUGCUCCCUGUUUAUGAUUAGCUUGAAUUCUGUAUGAAUCAUAUUCUCAGAAUAUGCCCCUAAGUAAGCUAUUAUGUUUUUGAGGAUUGUUAGCAAGACCUUUUCAUUUAAUUUUAAUUGCAUAAAAUUAAGCUUCUGAAGCGUAUGGGGUUUUAUCAUGUAUUGUUUAAUUCCCUUGUAUUUGGAAGUGCUAGUUUUAAAUUGUGGUACUUCACCCUGAGGUUUAGUGAUGGUUCAGGAUACAAAUUUUAACUAAAUGCAUGAAUAAAAUUGUUAUUUAUAUUAUUAAUAGUAAUUUUUCAAUACUUUUUCAGUACAGUGGUACCUCGGGUUAAGUACUUAAUUCAUUCUGGAGGUCCGUACUUAACGUGAAACUGUGCUUAACCUGAAGCACCACUUUAGCUAAUGGGGCCUCCUGCUGUCGCUGUGCCGCUGGAGCCCGAUUUCUGUUCUUAUCCUGAAGCAAAGUUCUUAACCUGAAGCACUAUUUCUAGGUUAGCAGAGUGUGUAACCUGAAGCGUAUGUAACCUGAAGUGUAUGUAACCCGAGGUACCACUGUAGUGUAAUAUUAAGCUCUGGUAAAUCUGUUAAAAUUGAGUGCCCCCUGGAGGCAGAUAUUCAGACAGUGAAAGCAGACAGCUUUUUCCUCAGAGGGGACAGUUCAUAGUUGCAUGAUCUGUCCAAGACUAAAUGAGGUUGUUCAUAUCAUCCUUAUUGCUCUCAUUCUGUUCUUCUUCUUUUUAAAAAAGACUUAACAAUUCCACAAAGCAGCUGAGCAGGGAGCUGGAAUGUUUAGGGAAUGAUUUAUUUGGUCCCAGGUAGUCGUACCUUGGGAGUGCUCAAGAAACGGAACAGAUGCAGCUUAAUUUGCUGUCUCAAGAGAAAUUAGUUUUGUCCUCUCCAAGACCUGUCCAUCUCUCUCUCUUACGCACGCACAUCAUGUUCUGUGACCCAGUUCUUUGUGACUAGCACUAAGAAUCUGAAAUAAUUUGUUCUGACUUGCUAGGGAGACACUGAGGUCAGGUCUGGGUGUGUUACGAACAUGGAUAAUUUUGCUUUGCACUUUAGUGAGACGGGUUUGCACUUCUAUUAAAGGAGUCAUUUUGAUUUUUAAAAUCAGAGCUGGAAAAAUAUAUAUUAAGGUGAUCUUGCUAUCCUAAUGUUAUCCAGACCUAAACAGUCUUUGACAGAUACAAACAGAAAGUCUUUUAUAAACAAAUUGGGUUGCAUCCAAGCUUGCCAUCUUUCAUAGCUGACUGAUAAAACCUCCUAUCUCCUGCUGCAAUAGUAAAUGGAAAAAGUGUUUUGUUUUGUUUUUAUUUAGGUGCUAUUGUGGGAUUAUAACAACUUUUUUUUUAAAAAGGAAGGCUAAGCUAAAAAACUGUUUUGGCACAAAUUAACUGAUUAAGAAAUGAUUCCAACCAGAAAGGCUGCAUGUGUUUUUAAAGAUUCAUUAAAAAAAUUGUACUAAAACACACCAAGCAGCCCUGGAGAAAUAUUUUAAUAAUAUUUUUUAAACUAUAGUUGAAAAGGUGUUUUAGUGUGAAUUAAAAGAGUAAUUAAAAAUAAGCAUGCUAUUAAAGUAGCACUGACCGGAAAGGGUAAUAGUGAAGGUGUGUGAAAGAAUAGAUACAUGAUGAUAGGUACACCCACCUGGUAUAUCACUGUACAGCUUUUGAAAAAUACAGAAGAAUAGUACUAAGGUGAUCUACCCCUGUGGAGAUUGUGCUAGUAUAGUCUGAACAAAAGACAGAAUCACUAUAGGGAGACCCCAGGAGGACAAUGAUUUGAUAACAUCAUGCAGAUGACCCAUAAAUUGUAAGUGAGCAAAGCAUGAAACUUCCAGAGGAAAUUCUAGUGUAGAAGAGUACUAAUAGCGUUGUUAAUUUUUAUGUUGUUAUUUUUAUGUUAAUGUUUAUUGUUAAUUUUGCUUUGUUAAUUACAAGGUAAGUUGUUGAUCCUCGGUUAAGUAGCCAAGGAGGUUCAUGUAAACUCCCAUUUUAAUUGUUUGCAGUUCUGUUUGACACAAUGAACUGUUAACAUUCUUUUUGAUGCAGGCUGCCAGGAGAUUUCCUAGAAAAUGUGAAGACCUGCUCACAGGCCCCUGCACAGCCACUCUGGAUGGAAAUUGAAGAAUCACAGAGAGUAAGUUGUCACAAAUGAGUCUUGCUUCUUGGAAUGUCUUACCAUUGCUCUCACCAUAAAUGGAAAGGAUCUCAAGACUUAACUCAGACAAACCCAGAGUCUUGGGUAGAUGCUUGCUGUACAGGGUUACACAUUUAUCUAGUUUGAAGGGAGUUGUUGCUCAGCACUAGUGAUGUUGCAGGCACUAUCCAGUACCGCCUGUGAUACUCACACAAUGACAACACUCAUAGUAGCUGCUGUUGUGCUAAAUGGGAGAAAAAUAACAUUUUGCCAGUAACAAGAUAUUACACUUUUGUGUAUUGGAGAAAAGCAGCACCUGUGUCACAGAAGUGUAUGUUGAAGAAAGGCUUAAGAUUUAUUCAGCUAUAAAAUGAUGAUAGUCCCUUGCUGUCUUCAGCAGCAGUUUGGCGAGGAGGCUGAUUUGCCUAGUCCUUUGUGUGGGAUGUUGACAUCUUUGGUGACAGAUCCAUUGGCUUCAGGUGACAUUGGAUCGUUGGCAGAAAGGGUAAGUGUGGAAUUCACAAGUGGUAAGAAAAAUAACGACAAAGUUUUCUUCCUUUAAUUCCAGAGAACAUGUCUGCUGAAUUAAAGCUACCAGUAUGCUGUUAGUAAUAUCGAAACUAGAUUGACUUCACACCAAGCAACACUUUAAGCUUUGACUCCCGUUUCAAAAAUGGAAAAUCAUCUCAAAAACUGAUCUGACCACCCCAUCCCAUAGCACACACCUCCCAUAGCACACACCUCUAAUUUUCUCAAAAUAACUUUUUACCUACUGAUAUCUGGAGCUAGCUCAAAUUUUGUGUUGUUGGGCCAGGGGCUGUAUAUAUUUAUUUUUCUAGAAAACAGAGCAUGAUCCAUAGUCUUAUCUUUCAUUACCUUGGUAACCUUUCUCUGAACUCCAGUUUUGAGGCCUGCCAAGAUAUAUUUUAAUACUAAGGACCCAAUGUGUGGUGUGACUCAUUAUCCCAGCAGCCUCCCACUGUUCUGUUUCUCUCUGUCUACAAAUUGGUAUACAACACAAGCAAAAGCACCAAGAAUACUGUGGAUUCCAGCUGGUAGACAUGCAUUUGCUGUCACAUCAAAGUGUGGAUGGGACUUGUUGCCUUUUUGUUGCUGUAAACAUGUAGGAAUUUGUGUAGGUGUAGAGUUAUGGUGCUGAAAAUAUGAACAAGUCCCCUGCUCAGUUUAAGAAGAGUGCAUGACCAGAAAUCUUAUGAAUUGGACAUUGUGGCUAAUGCCUUUGGGGUGGAGUCAGUUGUGCUCUCGCUUGCCCUAUUUGUUAAAGGGGUUUUGUGAAAUCAAGCUGUUUCUUUAUUAUGCAAGCUGCAGUAGCAUUUUGUUGGCAAUUGGAGGGGAGGAACUGAGGACUGUAUGGGUGGGUGUUGAUAAAGCGUGCCCUGUCCUUGCAUCUUGAAAAAGACCCCUGUUAACUUGGGCAUAUACUAGUGGACAUGAAUGUGGGGGGGAAAGAAAGCCACGUUAGAUGUAGGAGCUGGAAGACGGCAAAGUGCACAAGGCAAGCACACUGUUUACAGUAUUAAUCUCCUCCUCCUAUUUAAAGAGCAUUUGCUAUCCAGUUGAUUGAAGGGAAGAUGUUGUUUGUCAUGUUGUAGUGAAGAGGAGCCUUUUCUCCUACCUCCAUAGUCAUAUAUGAGCCAGAUGCUGACAGUUUAAAUGGAUGUUUGUACCGUGGCAAGUCACAGAAGCAAAGCCAACACUGAAAGUUUGGAGAGACAUAUGGCCCAUCAGCCUGAUUUUCAAGGGAAAGUGGGACUCCGGCAUUGGCACCAGAAAAAUGAAAAGCCCAUUAGGUUUCCUGUGGGGUGCACAGACUACACAGUCUGUGUUCAAUUACAAAACAGGCACCGAUGGAGCUAACAGGGACAUGAUUAGCAGUAGGGAAGUUUAGUAUGAAUACUAACAAAAAGACAUUAGCUGCUCAGUAUCUAAGAAAGCUGGUACUGUUUUGAAUAAUACUGUUCUGGAGGUUAUGAUAGUUUGCAUUAGUGGAGAUAGUUUCACACACACACUCCUUUCUUGAGGUAUACACUAACAUCAGAAGAUGCCUGGAAAUGCUUACUUAACAUGUAAAGGACCACACACAGCAUUUUCUGAGCUUCCUUGAGGCUGCAGUUUGGAAUCUCAAUAAAGGUACAUUUUCAAGGAACAGUUUUUAGGAUUCUGACAAAAAUCCUGAAAACCAUUUGCCUCCCUGAAUUAGUUUGCAGGGGGAUUAGACAACAUUGUGUCAAGCAAGUGUUAUGCACUUUCCAGUGCAUUUUCAGUCACAUUUCUUAUCACCAAAGUCUGGAAGUUCAGCUGGAACUCACUGGAACUCUGUUCCGGUACCUCUCAGGUAGGUGCCACUGCCAUUAUAAGAGAACAAAAGAGGCAUUCAUGGUGAGUUCUGGCAACUUUUCCCCCUAGAAAAAUAGCACUGGAUGUAACCAAUCAAAAUUGGUUGCAUAAAUCUUUAUCUCUGACCAUUGUUGCCAUAAAUCAGGCUCUUAUUCCUGUUUAAACUAAAAAAAUCAAUGAUACUGUGAAUGCCGAUAAGGGAGAUGUAGCAAAAGGAAAGAAUUUAAAGGCAAAAAUAUAUCUGAUCUUACAUUUAAUGGAAAGAUCUGAUCCUGGUUGUGGAGCUUUCAGGAGAAGAGGAGAAGCUCAUGAUGGUAGCCAAGACAGCUAAACUGUCAAAAAGGACAAGGCAAUGGAAAGUUUUAUGCUACUAGAGCUAACUUCUUGACAAACUGAAGCAAGAUUUUAAACAUGUUCUACAGGAAGAGUAGAAAUUAGCCUUAAAACCUAUAGAAACUUCAUUGGAUUAGACAGAAUCACAAUCUUGGAUGUUGCUGCAAUAGCAAAUGAAACAACUAAAAUGGGAAUUAAGCAUUAUAAAAGAAUUUAAAAGCUGUCUGACUGAGCUAAAGAUAUCCAGCUUUGUAAAUGUCAGACAAUGCUUUGCACCAUUUAAAUGUUAAAAUAAGAGGCUUGGAAGAGACUCAGAAAUGUCUGAUACUAAAUCCUUCAUUUUAUAUUGAUUAAUCAAAUAAUGCCUGCCUGCCAUUACUGACACUGACAAUGCUUAUCACUCUGGUGCUAGUUUGCAGUCCAACAACAACAGGCUGAGAGACAUCUUGGUAAAAUUUUCACAUCUUUCAGCUAAAGAAAUCAUUUUGAACGUGAUCAGAGAUAAAGAAGGUCUGGAAUUGGAGGGCACCAAUAUUCUAAUCUCUGUCCAGCUACACACGGUUGGAAACAGGCUUUGAAACAAUAUACAGAUCAGUGGCAGAAAGCAGGAAUCCAGUAUUGCUUUCAGUUAAUAGUUAGAAUCAAUUGUGUCACCCAUCUUACCACAAAUAAUAAUGAAUCACAUAACAUACUUUAUUUACCCAGCCUAUCAUCAGCAUCCCAGCAGGGAGAUCAAAGCUCAGAUGAUCUUGUUGGUGGCAAGGAAAAAAAUUAGGUAUAGAAGAGGAGAAUUCCCUGGAUGCCAACAUCCAGGUUUGGGGCAAGUACUCUGGUGAGAUAACCCCAGCAGAGAUUUAAAAGCACAAAAUAGGCAGCAAGGUAAAGCAUGGCUGUUAGACCUUUAAAAUAUGCCCUUCUAAGUUCCUUCCAAAGUUCUCCUCUUCCCCUAACAUAGAAAAAUACCAAUCCCCCCCCCCAAGUUUAAAGAAUUGUCCACCAUACAGGGGGAUAGUUUUGUGAAUAGAGUCUGUUAAGGUUUCUUGUUAUACUUAUUCCUAACUAUCUUAGCUUCGUGUGACAGUCUAAUGCCUGUGAGUUCUGUGGAUGAAUUUUGGGUGCUGGGUGGUACAUUGAAGCAUAAAGCUUCAGAUUUUGAGAAGUUAACCCGCAGGCCUGAUAGUAUUGUGAAGUUGCUAAGCUCUUGAAGUCUUGCUGCUCCCAUGUUCAGCGGGUCAGGUGUCAUAAUCAUUAAAUCAUCAGUGAAGAGUCCAAUCAUAUAGUUUUGUUUUCCAGUUUGGACUCCCUUGAUGUCUGGUGUUUUAAGGCAUAUAACUAAUGGUCCUAAAGCUAAGAUGAACAAAAAGAAAGAGUGGACAGCCUCUCGUCAUUCUAUUUAGACUAAUGAAAAAUUCCUUCUUUACAAAGAGAUAAUGUGUCUCAACCACAUUGUAUUUGCAAAUUACCCUUUCCUAGGCCAAAGAGUUGUUUUUCCAUCUACCCAAGUGCAAAUACGGGAGCUUGUACCUUGUUGAAAGGUAAUUGCUUUUCUAUUAGAUGAGAAAAGGAUCAAACAAAGAAGAAGAAAAACCUUUAUCUGAGUCUAGUGCCUUUUAUACAAAAAUCACAAUUACUUGCCAUGUUGGGUUAUUUACUGCAAAUGGGGCUUGCUUACCGUAACAGCCACCACCUGACUCCAUCAUCUCAACAUUUGUUUGAUUGUACUGGAUUUUAGUUAAAAGAAAACUCAGAAGCAGAUUUUCCUUAUCUGAAUGAUGCUGAAGAAGGCCAAAGAUUCACAUCAGUAGGAAGACUCAUCACUCUUUCCUUCCUCUGUUUAUAGUUGUUGGAACUAGAUACCCUUCUAUUUUCCUUUUUUUUUAUUUAAAUGAGAUUUAUUAGAAGUUUAAGAAUUAGAAAAAAGAAGAAAAGAAAACAACAAAAAAAUUGACAAAACAUACAUUACAAUACAUAAAAAGAAAAGCAUAAAAAACAAUACAAUACAGCAAAAAAACAAUAACAUUAAAACACACAUCCAAUGUUCCAUAUCUUUAUCUUUCAUUUACUUGUUUCAUCGACCUCCUCACACCUCCCUUUUUGUAUUCUAAUAUAAUUAAUUGUUUCGGCAAAUUCUUUCCAUCUUUCUCAAUUUUUGUUAUAUAAUUUAUCUCAAUGAUCUAACCUAUUAAUUACCUUAAUUUAUUUAACCUUAUCUUACCAUAAAAAAACCUUAAAACUUAAAAUUUAAUACUUAUUUGUACAUGACUCCUUAUAUCAUUUCUACUAAAGCCAAAUAGUUUCAUUCCAACAUUUUUCCUAAUACUCAUUAAUUUUACACUAAUUCUCAAAAUAAUUUUUUAAAAAACUUUCUUCCAAUCUUCAUCCAACAUCUCUUCUUCCUGGUCUUGGGUUUUGUCAGUCCUUCUUGUCCAUUCCAUCUAGUCCAUCAACCUGGUGAUCUUAUGUCCGAGGCUCUUAAGUCUUUUCCAUGUCCCUUCUGCAGAUCUUCUUGUUGUUUAUACCUGCACUUUACUUUGUCUUUUGUUGAUCUUUUUCUUAAUUUCUUUCCUUUCUCAUUGGGGGGUAGGUCUUGGGAGGACUCCAAUCCAAAAAUAUCUCCAUCUCCCCUCAGCAGAUCAGCCCAUUCCCCACAGUCCCAUUCCCCACAGUCAACACUGUAAUCCAGAAAGUAUUUAAAAGCAUGUUUCAAAGUCCUUCCAAAAUUAAGAGCCCUCACAACUCCAGACCCCCCCUGGUCCACUCCAGAUUCAAACUUCAAGAACAGUGGCUUAUGCUCCUGCAAGGCCUCGAGUCUCUCCAUUUGUGUUACUUGAGGUUCAACAGCAACCUCCUCCAUUAUCUUCUGCACUUGCACUUGCCCUGUCAAAACAGGUUCCUGGAUUGGUUCCUGAAUGGUUUCUAUAUGGGUAUUCACCGUUUGUCCAAAGUUUUUAACUGCAACAGUCAUCAAAUCCAUCUUCUCAUGCAUCUGCUCCAGCAAAGCGCUUGUCUUGCAAAAAGCAAGCACCAAAACUUCUUCUAAACACAUUUUUAUUCAAGGUCAGAGUCUGGUCUCACGAUCCUAAUCUUCACAGCUGUGAAAUCCCCAGAUCGACUCCAGCAACAAUUUAACAAGCUCCCUCUAGAGGAGACAAUUUCUAUUUGUAUCCAUCUUUUGAAAGCAGGACCAACAAAAGAAAAUUACUUUCAUUUUUCAAAUAUUUUGUUUCUUUUGAAUGCAAAAGGCAACAUUGGAAUCAGUUUGUUUCUCUUUUUUAACUAUCUGUCAAAAGACGUUCCAUUCACAGUCAAUGAACUUCCCCAUAAAUUUCUGUCUCUGACACCCCGUUCCCAGGUUUGAGACGGUGGAAAUUUAUCUUUCUUUACUCUCUCUCCUGCAGGCUUGAACAGUCAAAAGUCCCCCCCCCCUUUUCUUCUGCUUCCAAGAGGGGUUUUGGUGGUAAUAACUGAAGGAAAUUUAGACCUUUAUAUACGAUUUUCCAGACUUUAGCUUGCAAAGUUUUUGCUUCAAUCUAUUUACAAAAACAGGAGGCGGACUUCCUGUUUAGAACCUUCCCGCUUCAGUGCCAAAUUAAAAUGUUUCUUAAUCCAAUUUUCCGUUCUACUCACGGGUACAUGUUUAGAGUCCAAUUGUCCGGCAACGGCUGUGCGGCUUCACUCCGUAAAAGUAGCGGUUGAUUCAAAACACCGCGCCACUCACCCCGCGUCGCUUUGGAUCCCCGAAAAAGGGUUUCCCUGCGAGUAGGGGAGGCACUCCUGGUGUCAGCCGAAUCCCACGUUCCCAGGCUUCCUCCGCCUGGGAUUUUUAAAGGGUCUCCGCCUUCGCCGCGGCGGCAAGACCUGAUUUUCACGGAGCGGGUUCCUCUCGGCCAGAGGAACUCCGCCAUUGCCGAUGGCGCUAACCCGGAAGUCAAUACCCUUCUAUUUUCCCUUCAUUUUGUGGGAACAGCCUCCGUCAUUGGGUUGUUCCAUCCUUGGAAUGAGGCAGCUGAAUGUACACGUAUGCCAAGAAACCAUACUCCUCCAAUGAAAGAGAUAGGUGUCAGCUACACUGCCUUGUGGAUUACCAACCUUUUGGUUCCAAAGAUGGUUGGACAGCACUUUGUAUGCCUCCUUCUGGCAGCUCCUGCAGUCAAGCUGGUGCCAAAUAUAUUGCGCUGCUUUCCUUUGGACUACAUCAGCGAGUCUGAGAGGAGGGUCUUGUUGUUUGAGUAGCCCAGGGCCUCUAUGCACAGCCCAGGCUUGUGCCCCACGGAGGUCACUUUGUUGCUGCUAAUGCAGUGGCUUGACUUCACCCCUGAAGGCACACUCCAUUGUCUCUCGAGACAGAUGGAUACCAACAACUAGGCAGAAGCAAUCACUCCUUUCUCCCAUAUUUUUGUGGAACCUCUGAAAAGCAUUGGUGUACAUUCUUGGUGAUGUCAACUUAUCUUCAUUUUUCUGCGGUGAAGGCACCUCUUUAAAAAGGAAAAAAUGGCCAGUUUAUACCUUAAAUAAGUCAAUAAUAAAUAAUAAUACUUGCUCCAGACUGUCCUGCUUUAGGCAGCAGGUGUGUGUGAUAUGUGGAGGAGGAAUUGUAUAUUUAAAAAAAACAAAACACCUGCACAUGGAAUGCUAACAUGCCAGUGAAAAGUGUUCAGUGCUUUCCAUUAGAAAUGUUAUUUUUCUAUACAUAUACAGAGAGGUUCCCCCUUAUUGCCGGCAUCCGUCUGUCUCGGGAGACUACGGAAAAGUGUACCUUCGGGGGUAAAGUCAAACUGUUGGAGAGUUACAGUGCCAGCUAUGGUUGUUGAGAAGGGAGAGACGUAUUUUAUUGCUGUUGAGGUAGAUGAAGGCGUUUGGUUUUGCUUCUACAGGUGCAGCAUGACGUUUUUUCUCUCUGCACUCCUCCCAGCAGUCAUUCCUCUUCUGGUCUUCAUGGGGGUUAUUGACCUCCCCCGAAACAGGAAGUACAACAGUCCUAGAAAAAUAUUAGCACUCAGUUUUGAAACGGGCAUAAGAUGGCCAAAGGAUUCAAAAUAAAUCUAUUUCAAAAGUGCCAAUGGGAAGAGAUUGCACCCACCAUUUGGGUUUGGGGUCUAAGCUGUAGUACAGGCAUAGGCAAACUCGGCCCUCCAGAUGUUUUGGGACUACAAAUCCCAUCAUCCCUGACCACUGGUCCUGUUAGCUAGGGAUCAUGGGAGUUGUAGUCCCAAAACAUCUGGAGGGUCAAAGGGGGAAGCAGGAUGAAAGAACCAAGGAAGCUGCUGCAGGGCAGGAGGGAGGAACUCGUGGUCCUCUAGAGUUGCUGGACCCCAAACUCCCAUCAGCCCUAGCCAGUAAGAGAUUAUGGGAGCUGAAGUCCACUAACAACUACAGGGCCACAGGCUCCCCACCACUACUGAAAGAUAAAGAGCAAGAAAUUGUAAGAUACUGGAAGUGAUCCUGGAUAUAACUGGAAUGUGAAUAGAAUUACUUACAUUUUAUAAGAAGUCUGCUUUAGGGAUAAGGAUAGGAAAUGCACCUCAGGUGAUAUGUUUGCUAAAGAAGCCUUUCUUUUCCAUGACAACUUUCCAUAGGAAUGUUCGUUAAUAUUCUCAAAAAGAGUUUGAUUUCAUCUACAUAGUUAGCUACAGAGCAUUUGAUGUGUUGCAAUUGCAUGAUGACUUUUCAUAUUGUGAAAAGCACGUUCAAGGCUGUGUAAAAUUGUUGGGGGGGGGAAGGUUGCACAUAGACUAGGUACAGCAUUUGUACCUGCUGUUCUGGCAGGAUUUUGUUCCUUUUUGAAUUGCUUUGUGGAACAUAUUUCUUAAAAGCAUUGUGAAGAAUUAAAACUUUCAAAUUUCAUGAGGAGUCAUUUGGUGUAUCAAACGCACUGCAAAGUAACAGACUCUCAGACAGGAGAGAAAUAAUAAGAAGGCUAGUAUGUAGGUAUAAUUUGUUUAAUUUGCAUUAAAAAAAACAUCUUCAUCACACCAAUCAAUUUUGUUUUCCCCAAGGCUGUGUAUUCUACCUUUCCAGAAACCACACUGCUCAGCUCAGCAGAAUCGUAAGUGUGCAUGUUGGCCCCUACCAUAAGGCAAGAUGAGGUGGUCUACUUUAAGUACAAUGGAUGAGCAACAAACAACUUGUUUUUAGGAGGGCACUGUAUCAUACUACACUUUGUAAUCAUGUUUCUAAUCAGCAAAACAUGAGCAUAAUCUCCCACACAGAAGGUUUAAAGAAUCAAUUUCAAAUAGGUCAGUCUAGAAAGUAAUAUGAAACUGAAAAUGACUUAUAUAGCAUAUGCUCCAGGAACAGUUGGUUUCUUGCACUGUUUCAAGGACUGUCUGAAGCUGGGAUAUAGGCACAAGCCUGUUCCUGGAUUAGCCCUAAUUGUAAGGAAAAAUAGAAAGAAUAUGCCUUGCUGCCCAAAUCCCUGACUGUAAUCCUCUCCAGUGUAUAGUUGCUGUUAAUACCAGAUGCAUAGUGGUGAAAUCAAAUUAAAGCACCAUGUUCAGGAUGAAAUGAAUUAUUAAACUUAUGCAUAUGCUUCUGUGGUGCAACAAAUGAUAGGAAACAAAUGUUCCAAAUGAAGUAUUUUGACAUAUGAGGUGUUUUAAUGUGCUUGGCUCUUCAGAGAUUCUACAACAGCCUCUCAGGAACAAGCCUUAGUCCCAGUGUGUGGCGAGCUAAUCCCAACUGUUAGGGAGAAGUCAGAUGAAAACUUGUUUGAAAUCCUGCUUCACAGGUCAGGAACUACUGGGAACUACUGCAGUUGUCACAGACAGUUUUGACAAGAAUGUGAUUUGUGCCUCGCUGUUGGAACUCCUUUGUAAGAUUUAUGCUGUGGAAAAACUUUCCUGCCAUAUUGGGUUAUGUGGCCUUAUAGAGAAUUUUACCUUGAAGUAGAUUCCCUUCCUUUCCAUAUAUAUAUAUAUAUACAUAUAUAUAUAUAUAUAUAUAUAUAUCUCACACCUUUAGCAGAUUUCUUACAGCUGCUGUCUAGAUCGACGCAGAGCUAGAAUUCAGCAGCAGAAGACACUGUGACCCCAUACACUGUGAGUGUUGUGAAUACUAAAGGGGAUCACUUUCAGACCCAAGUAGGGUACCUUUCCUCCACUACUGAGUAACCAUGCUUAGCCCCACAUAUUUGAAUUUAGGACUAAGGGUUCCCAGGCAGUUAGGUUCGCUUCAAGGCAAACUAUACUGUAGUUGCCUGUUCUUCAUGUUCUCUGGACAGUCUCAAUAUACGCUCUAAAUCUGUACAGUCCUACUUGGGUAACAUCUAAAGCUAGAUAGGUUAAUGUGCCCUCCAGCUCCAUGCACACAUCCAAGUUCCUGCUCAUUUCUCUCUUGAGCGCUGCAGUAGGGUCACUUUGGGAUUCCUCACUGCACACAGCUGGAGUAGAAAAAAAGCCUGUCUUCUAAUUUGUUUAUUUAACAAAUUUAUAAACCAGAGUCUGAAUCCAUCCAGGUGGUGUGGGGUAUUUAUCUGCUCUAACUUUCGUUAAGUUUUCCCAUUCUUCUUAGUAUCCAUUUAUUCUACUCAGUUUCCAAGCACAUCUUGGCCACUCCUUUUUGCUUCCCUUCUAGCCUUUGAUUCAGAAAAUCAAGUUACCAUAUUUUUCGCUCUAUAUGACACACCAGACCACAAGGUGCAUCUAGUUUUUGGAGGAGGAAAACAAGAAAAAAAAAUAUUCUGAAUCUCAGAAGCCAGAACAGCAAGAGGGAUCGCUGUGCAGUGAAAGCAGCAAUCCCUCUUGCUGUUUUGGCUUCAGCGAUAGCUGCGCAGCCUGCAUUCGCUCCAUAAGACGCACACACAUUUCCCCUUACUUUUUAGGAGGGAAAAGGGGAGUCUUAAAGAGCAAAAAAUACGGUAUUUAGAAAGUGUUCCUCUGGUGGGAGUAAACGUCUACUGGGCAGGCACUGUUUAUGCCUUGUUUGUCCAGAAGAUGGCUGUCUUAUUGACUUCAGCCACCCCAGUCUUUAGGAAUCAAGUACUAGAGCCUCAUGCCUGUGGGCUCUUUGGGGGAAUGCUCUGGAGUGGCAGAUGGUGUUGCGACCUGUGGUCUCCAAGCCAUAGACUAACUGCUCAACACCAGCUCCAUCAAACACUGUGACUUAGCCACUGUUCUAUUCUCUGGAGUAGCAGACUUCCUCCAGGGAUGCUUUUGAUACUGGCAGACUUCCCCAGCAGCUUAGGGCAGAGCUUUCCAAACUUGUUGGUGACACACUUUUAAAGUCAUGCAUCAUUUCGCAACACAGUCAUUCAGUUUUACUAGCAAACCUGAAGUUAAACUAACCCCUUUCCAGCCCUGGAGGAGUGUGGGGAGCGUUCACGCAACACACCUGCACAUUGCAGCCGACACACUACACACAGUUUGGAAAUCUCCGACUUAGGGGCUUAGUGGUAGUUGUCCAAUGGCCUGCCAAACGUCUAUCACUAAGUGACAUAGCUUUUUGAACUUGUCUCUAAAAAGACGUGGAGAAAUGAAAUGCACUACCUACUUCCUGACAAGAAUCUCAGUAACUUACAACACAAGAAGGCAACUAUACCAACAUGGGCUGCAGUACUUGACACCUCCUAUCCAGUGCUGAAGUUUGCUGCUUGGUCUCCACAACUUCCCUUGGCAGGGGGAGUUCCUCCCCUUUUGCUCCUGUUAUGCAUGGUCCAAGCAAGGGUGAGGUCAUAGUGGGUGGAUCCUCACAACUUGUUCUGGAGUCUUUGUCCCCCCCACCAGUGAUGGUAAUACAAGACAUGUCCAGGUGGGGAACACCCUCCAGUGGCCCUCACAUAAACACUGCAUGGUCUCCCGCAGAGAGAAAGCUGCACAUAAUUGUUCUUAUAUUCCUGGCAGUAUGAGUGUUUCACACUUUUUACUACCCUGUUCCCAGGUGGCCACAGUAAAAUAGGUGCAGUCUACAAUAUAAAGUGGCAGGGUGGUUCAAUGUUGCACACCCUGCUCCACCUUGCUGUUCUUUGGAGAUUCUGCUGCCUUAUCUGAAAACCACAACUGCUUCCAUCAACUUUCCCAACUCUACCCAAUGACCGUUUCUCCUCUUUGCUUUUGUCUCCUUAUCACCACCCCCUCCAAAACUUGUUAACUUGGAACGGGUUUGUUGACGUUGGUGGUAUGAAAUUAUCCCACAGGAAUAAGAACAGCACAAUGUCCUCUCUCCACACAGGUUUCUGGUCUCAUCCAGCUGCCUCUUACUGCACAUCCUUUGGAAUCUGGUUCUUCUAGGGCUCCCUGCAUUCAUUGCACUGCUUGCAGUGUCCUUCUUAGUGCUACCAUUCAACCAACAACCUGCCUGGGCUGAAUCCAAGGGAUGCUCUUGGCCUCAGUUGCAACUGCAGUACCUACAGCCACCACCUACCUAACACCAUUCCCUUUCCUAGUUUGUGGAGAGGAAAGGAAGCUGCUAAGAAGUCCUGAUGCAAGACAGAUAAAAGAACCUGUAAAAAAUAAAUGGAGUGAACCACUUUUAAGUUUAAUCUUCGUGUGGACACAACAUUCACAGUUUUUUUUUGCCAAGUCUGUGGGACAUUCAGACAGCUCAUUGCUCCCACCUAAUAGAUGAUAAACACUCUGUUGACCGGGAUCUAACAUUCCAGUAUUUUUGUGACUUGUGAAAAAAAGUAGACUAUUGUCCAUUUUCAAAUGUUGCAUUUUUAGGCAUCUUUAAGAGAAGCCUCUUCAGCCUAAUAAAAAUCACGUUCAGGAAAAGCAAAAGGUCUUCUUUCAUAUAAACAAAAGUGCAGGUGAGGAGUUUGGCUAAAGGCAAUGGGGCUGUUUUCUAGAACAGGCCCAUUUAACCACAGUAUUAGGCCCACAAACAAUUUUGAAGGUGUGUUAGGAGGCAUCUGCACAGGCAUGGAAUGCUUUUACUGUGCAUCCUGAGAAUGUUUGAAUUUCUGAAAAUCUCAAAUCCCUUCUAAAAUGUAGCCCUCCUUGUUGUAAGGAUGGCAUGAAUAGCUAUGCAGUGUCUCCCCUAUCAUGAGGUGCCUGGCCCCUCUCCUCUGCAGCCUCCAGUCAUAUUCCUAUCCAUUUGUUAGCCUUCUAAGGAGUGCCUACCCUCAAGAAUUAGCUCACCCUAGGCUUGCCUUACCCUGACCAUUGCAAUUAUUUUGCAGCUGCUGCAGAUUUGAACUACAAGUGAUGCAGCAAACACAUGAUUCCCCAAAUUUGCAUUUGCCAGAUAGGGAAGGGACAAUCAGCAGGGAGGUGCUUGACUGAUACACACACCCAGGCUUCACCCCUGGCUACUUUUGCAGGAGUUGGCAAGAAAGUCCAGAAAUUAUGGACCUUGGAGGCUUCUUAUCUAAAGCCUCUCUCCAUCCCCUUCCAUCACAGAGAGAAGAACAGUAGCAAAACAUAUUAUAAAAGGGGUUCCAGUAUGGUUAAGACCACCGGGGGGGGGGGGGAAUCCAUCCAAACUCAGUAAAUUCCUUUCAGAGGCAGCAUCCAUCAGUUAAAAAAAAAAUUAAGCAAGGAACACUUUCAUCUACACUACAAAAAUAUUUUUGCUUGAAAAGCUGUGCCCCUACCCCAACUAUCCCUGAAAUAGGUACU